GUAUUUGGUCAUAUAUAAGAAAUUAUCGUUUUGUCUAAGUAGUUAGAUUGUAGUGCUAUGAUAGGUGUAAAUACAGGUUCAAAAAUUGUCGUUGCAUAAAUUUGUUUUUAAAUUAACAAUAAAAGUAGUUGAAAUACUGUUUGAAUAUUACUUUAAUUCUAGGUGUUUUCUUUUUUAUUAAUUAUUAUAAUUUAACAAUUUUAAGUGAACAAGUGCAUCAUGAAAUUGUUAAUUGCGUUAAAUUUAAUGAAUGCAGUAUUGUUUGUAUCUGCAUGUUCUAAAACUCCACCACCGAAAUAUUACAAUAAAAAUGAACCAUCAAUGGGCAUUUUGGUUGAUAAGAAUACCCCAGUUUUUUAUGUGACUGGUCAGUACUACGACGUGAAAGUUCGCAAAGAAAUAAAUGUGUUCAAUGACUCAACUUCUAUCAGUUAUUACAAAAAUUUUGCCAAUAAUCAGACACUUUCAGGAACAUUGUAUCCAAAAAUAUUGAUAGCCGUUGACAAUGGCAUGUAUAAACAAUAUAAUAAAUCAGGAAUUCUUGAAGCAGUAUUAAAUUAUUGGAACGAAGUUGAUGCAUAUUAUCAGAAAUUGACAAGUCUAAAAGUCAAACUGUGCAUAGCAGGCGUUAUGAUCAUGCAGGAUGCUAAUGCAUGGGAAUUCCUCCACCCAAGUGCCACAAAUUAUGACUCUUCUCCAAAAUUACGUGUCGGUAGUGCACUCACUCAUUUAAGAUAUUGGAUAGAUGAUAACCGUUCUGCGAUUGAUAAUCUUAAGUUCAAUAUGGUGUAUUUGAUGACAUCUCAUAACAUGUACGACGGAGAUCAGGUUUAUGGCCAAUUCAAAAUCGCUGAUGGCUACAAUGAUAGAGUACCAUUUCCGGGAAUGGUUUCUAAAUGGGACGAUUUUGGAGGCAGUGUGUUCGCCGUUCGUUUGAUUGCUCGUACAUUAGGUAUCGAAUAUGAGUCGUCUUCGGCUUGCGAAAAUACUUACGUCAUGUGUGAUUCAUGGAAAACUUAUACUACUGGGCCAGAUCCUUGGUCUGCUGAUUCUAAAUUCCAAUUCAUGCAACUCGAACAAACAAAAAAAUUGAAUUAUUUAAGCGAAAAGCCCAGUUGUUUGAAAUAAUAUUGUAAAAUUCGUUACCAUAAACAACAGUUAAGAAAAAACCAAUAUGAAUUCAAGAAUAAAUAUGAAUUUUUGUAAAGGAAAAAAACUUUGAUUGUAUGAUGAAUUGAAUAAAUUUUAUUUUAAAUGCAA